GAUUCCGAGCUAAGGCGACAUAGUAUGAUUGUACAGUGAGUUGCAGAGGAGAGUAGUAAGCAGUGCUAAGGUCGUCUACCAAACACUCCAAUGGGUUGUGAAUGAGAAAGAUGCCAGUAGAUACCCCGUCUACCUCAAAGCCACCACGCGUAUAGGAAAAGAAAGAAAAUUAAGUGUACAGGAGUGCUUAUAGUGUUUGUGCAUGAAUGAAAUGGAAGGUUUCGAAGGAUCACACGAUACGCAUACUAGGCCGAGCACGUGGCCUUCACCGGGGUCGGAGAACAGUCCGUCAGAUAGGGACAGUGUCCUCAAAGGCCAAACACCUUACGCCAAGAAGACCAACUCCAGAAGAAACGCGUGGGGUAACAUGUCUUACGCCGAUCUCAUCACAGAAGCUAUACACGGCUCUGCCGAAAAACGUUUGACCCUAUCGCAAAUAUACGACUGGAUGGUCAAAAAUGUGCCCUACUUCAAAGAUAAAGGAGAUAAUAAUAGUUCUGCCGGAUGGAAGAAUUCCAUUAGACACAAUUUAUCCCUUCACAAUCGGUUUAUGCGGGUUCAAAAUGAAGGAACAGGAAAGAGCUCAUGGUGGAUGCUGAAUCCAGAUGCCAAACCUGGUAAAACACCGAGAAGAAAAGCAAACAGCUCGGAAUACAAUCACGAAAGAAAACGUGGCCGAUCGAAGAAAAAACCUUUAGAAACUCCACGCAACGUACCAACUCCUAGUCCAAGUUCAUCUGUUUCAGAAAAUACAGAUUUGUUUCCAGAAUCACCACAUACGGCUUAUCAAUACAGUCCCGAAUACAGAGGAAUGUCCAAUUCCAAUAGCCGGCUGUCGCCUUUACAAAACGCAGAUUCUAACAGUAAGUGGCCCGUAUAUAGUCCAGAUCAUCUAGUCCAAAACAUGACGGAAACAAUGAGCUUAAAUGGGCAAAACCAUUAUAUAAACAAUUGCCAAAUGAAAGAAUUUAACAACCAAUCAUACGCGUAUACAGAAGCAUGUAAGCACUAUCCAACUCCGCCGCUACAGCCUCCAUUUUACGAAACAUCGUCUAUAUAUACAAAUUAUCACGAUACGCAUUCGGUGGCAACAUCUCUAGCAAACACAGCAGAUUACGUCGUUGGACCACUGAUGACUCUCAACUCUUCAGACGUUGAUCUAAACUUCGUGGCCGUUCAGGAAGGUUUAGACUGUGAUGUCGAUCAAGUACUAAGGUAUACACUUAAUAUGGAGGGUAAUUUAGAUUUCAAUUUUGAUUCCGUAGGUAGUAAUAUGCCCUUACAGCAUUACAACUGGGUGCAUUAAUUAGAUCCAACAAAACCAAAACUUUUAUGUGAUAUUUUUUCACCGCUGUGUGAUAGUAUAUAAAAGAAUUUAAAAAAAAUCCGUUAAAAGAACGGCCGAGCAGAUAUGCUUUUACUAUUUUUCAUGGUUUUUUAAAACAUAUCACUCUCUCGUGUAUGUGAUUCGCUCAAAUUGAGGGAUGUUCCACAUCGGAACAUCUGUCACUGGAUUUCGUACAAAUUAAAAAAAAAAUGCUGUGAUGUUGAAUCUUUGCAUCUUAUGGUACAAAUAAAUCUGUAAAAAUUCUGUUUCCAUUUUUUUCCUCUUCUAUUUUUUAAUUAUAAUAAUAAUAAUUCCGAAAGUAUUUUUCUCUUCCUCUCUUUCUCUACUUCUCGACUUUGUUUUUUAUUUUUAAGAUGUUGUGAAGACUCGAAAAAAUUGUGACUAAUCAAAAAUUGUGCACAUGGUCAUUGUACAGUCAUUAAAAGAUGUUAUUGAA